UUGCGGCAAUAUCGCAUGACAUAAAAAAUUGGAACUACCACUCUUUUAUUCUCUAGGGCAGGGGUCAAGGCAACCUUUGAAAUUAUGGACAGUCCCGAGGCACCCAUUCAAAUUAUGGACAGUUCUGAGGCACCCUUUAAAAUUAUGGACAGUCCCGAGGCACCCAUUCAAAUUAUGGACAGUUCUGAGGCACCCUUUUAAAAUUAUGGACAGUCCCAAGGCACCCUUUAAAAUUAUGGACAGUCCCGAGGUACCCUUUAAAAUUAUGGACAGUCCCGAGGUACCCUUUAAAAAUUAUGGACAUGGUCUUGAGGCACCCUUUGGACAAAAUUAUGGACAGUCCCGAGGCACCCUUUAAAAUUAUGGUCAGUCCCGAGGCACCCUUUGAAAUGAUGGACAGUCCCAAGGUACCCUUUAAAAUUAUGGACAGUCUUGAGGCACCCUUUAAAAUUAUGGACAGUCUUCAGGCACCCUUUAAAAUUCUGGACGGCCCCGAGGUACCCUUUAAAAUUAUGGACAGUCCCGACAUACCCUUUAAAAUUAUGGACAGUCCCGAGGCACCCUUUAAAAUUAUGGACAGUCUUGAGGCGCCCCAUUCUAAAAUG